AUGUCGUCCUCAAAUAAACUACAUUACGAGGCAGAUCCCGAUGAAGUGAAAUAUGUAAAGACAUUUACUAUACUACUCGAACUUCAAUAUUGCAGCUCGGACAAACCAGCAGAGCUAGUACAAGUGACUUGGCUUGAAAUAACAGGUGAAACAAAGGAACCCCUGCCAGUAGGGAAGUACGAAAUUAAAUUUGAAGUAUCGCUGGAACAAGGUGCAUUCGGUUGGAAUGGCUGUCCUGUUUUCAUGAUGGGUAAGAUAGGGAAGAAGGGAAGGUACAGAUGGACCAAAAUCAACCUAGCAGAUCUCGGCCCAGAUAAGAAAUUAGUUACCUCAGACUUUCAGAUUGAAGUUUUUGGAGAAUCAGAAGAUAACAAGCUCUAUUUUGGUCUGUAUGAAGUGUGGAGUGGGCGAUUCACUUCUACCAAGACAACGGGAUCAGAGGAAAGGAGAAGCACAAUAUCUUUGAGCUUGUGUUUGAGAAUGCUUAGCUAUGUUAAGAACCAUUUAGUAAGGGCAGUGACUAAAGUAUUGCAUAAAACUUUGAACUUCGAUAUGGAUUAUGAGGAAAGAUCAGAGGCUCUCUCUGGCCCUCACUGGAAGGGUGAUGGCUCUUCAGUAUCGUCAGACUCAGCAUGUCCUGCAACAUGCAGAGUGCCAGCUAAGGCUCUAAAUAUCAUAUGGGGCAAUGAUCCCCGGUUUUGGCAAUGGAUCAAACUCUCAGAAGAGGAAACAGGGUCAAUUGGUUUCAACGAAGGCACAAUGCUCCUUCAAGUUAACUGGGUUGAGGUCACCGGGAAAUUAUCUACAACUGUGUUCAACGUUGCUUCAACAACAAAAUAUGAACUAUACUAUGUCAUGAAAUUUCAAGUUGAUGCAUUUGGUUGGCAUUCUGUUCCAAUCAACUUCAGGGUGAGGCUCAGUGGACAAGAGUCCGUGAGAAGCAUCGUACUUCAGUCUUACAGGGAGAAACAUGACGUGUGGCAUGAGAUUUGUGGUGGCGAAUUUACGGUUUCAAAGAAUGCAGCUGGAGUUGUAGAAUUUGGCAUGUUUGAAGUAGACAGUGACUGGUGGAAGGGUAGCAUGGUUCUUGCUGGUAUCAAGAUUAGGCCAAAAGCAGUUUAUUAG